AUGUCCGCCGUGGUGCUCGGCAAGAGGAACUCCUCUUGCUUCUUUGAGGAACUAAAUCAUCACCCUGCGGCGGGCGCAACAACCGUUCCCCCAUCGCCUUCCGCCUCCAAGAAGGCGCGCUUCGCAUCCUCGCCAUCGUGUCUCUCCCCUCGAUCCUCGCCCUCUUCUGUGCCGGACUCCUUUCUGUCCUGGCCCUCGUCGGACUGUAUUACCGUCGUCAACAGGAGCAGCGGUGCCGGCGAUAGUCUGACGCUAUUUGACCAUCUUAGAUCUCUCUUCCCCGAAAUUGAAGAGCAGGUAUCCCACUCUCUGAAUUUAAAUUCUUAUUCUUCUCUCUACUUCUUAAUAUCGGCAUGUGUUGAUUUAAUCUGGCAAUGUAUUUAUGUAUCUGUGACCUAUUAGGAGUAAGCUAAUACGUUAGAUUGAUCCUCUGUUUAAAAUCAGAUUGAACGAGUAAUUGUGACCUAAGAUUUGGACAUGAUUUUGAAACCUCUUUUUUUGUUUCGGAAAUUGUACUUAAUCUCGUUGUUAGACUUUUGCCGCUUACUAGUCAGUUCUUACUGUUAAAUAUUUUUUUACUACGGUUUCUUUGAAUUGGGUUUGUUCCCGUACAUCCUGCCUGGUAGGGUUUUAGGUUAGCAUUUGGUGAUAGAUUGGAAAUAGUUUUUUUAUAAUGUCAGAUUUCAGUACAAAUGUAAAUAGAAACUACAGAAAUAAUAUUUUUUAAAGAAGGGAAGCAUAUUAUAUCUAGCUGCAUGCAUGUAUAAUAAUGAGUUUGAAUUUACAUUCAAAUUAAUUCCAAAUAAAUGGACUGGAAAUAGUUGGAACUAUGCCAGGGAAAUCUUGUAGAAUUGUUUUUCGAAAUUAAUGAUCCAUGUUUAUUGAAUAACGAAAUUUUUUUUCUUUCAAGGUCAGUUUUUUUUAUUAUGUAUUAAUCUCUCUCCCAGUUAACUGCUUGGAUCUGCUUUUUUCUUGGAUUGAUAAGAAACGUGAACAUGCCAGUGCCCCCACUCCAGAAUAGCUGGUCUAUUUUCAAACCUCUAAUUGGCUGAUGUCUAUUGAACUUAUUUUGUUCUUUUUAAUCCUGGUACCAAUCCUCUAAUUGAUACUACUCUAAUUUUUUCUUUUCAAACCUCUAAUUGAUUGGUACCAGGAUUUCUCUUUGUUUUCAUAAAUCUUAUGUUAAUCUUUCUAACUCAACUUUAUUAGAAUUUGUGUGUUUUAAUCAGCCACUGGGUCAUGAUUCUUUUGAGGAAUUUCACUUCUUACUUAUGAUAACUUCCUUAUUGGCUUGUGAAAUCUUGUUUUCAGGUUCUUGAAAGAGAAUUGGAAGCUUAUGGCAAUGAUCUGGAUUCUGCCAUCAAGAGUUUAGAGGAGUUUCGUUGCAGAUCAACUAAGGAAAACUUCAAUUCAGAAGGUGCUCAAUAAAUCCUUUGUUUUCAAUCUUGUUAUCUUUGUUUAUCAUUAUUUUUGAGCCACUAGACUUCGUUUGAUACUACUCGUGGCUGUUUUAUUUUUACCUUUUUCUCUAAAAUUUCUUCAUUUCACUGCAUUUUCAUCAUGUUAUAUUAUGUCUUUUUCGGCAAGACUAAAGGCAUUCAAGAUAUGGUCAUUGAAUUGGUGAAGGGAGACAGGUAGAAUAUUGAAAAAAAAUCUGGCUUUCAUCCUUGCCUUCAAAAUAGUCUAAAGUUAUGGGACGGUUCAUUUUUCUGUUUCUCCAGUGAAAAUGCAACGGUGUAAGUAUUUUUUUUAAAAACAGGUUAGGAUAUUAAAUGCGGCACCAUUAAGAGCCAAAAUGAGAAUACUGAGAAGUGUAAGAAAUCCACAAGAAUAAACACCGCAUUUAGACCCUUGUAAGAAAAAAUGUCUGAUAAAGACCGAUAGCAGAUAAGGAUCCCACUAUGAGAUCGAUCACAGAAACGCAUAGAAUAUGUAAAAAAAAGCUAGAAACUGAGAAAUGUAUCACAGAAGAAUAAGCUGAGAAAUGUAAGAAAUCCAGAAGAAUAAACAUCGCAUGUAGACCCUUGUAAAAAAAAGGUCUGAUAAAGAUCAUAGCAGAUAAGCAUCCCACUAUCAGAUGGAUCACAGAAGCGCAUAGAAUAUGAAAAAAAAGGGUUGUAUUUGUGGCAAAAGCACUGUAAAGGUGUUUCCUUUCAGAAUAGUCAUACAUUUAUAUGUGUAACAUCUUUCUCAUUAAAUUUUUUACAAGGGAUAGUCUUUUUCUUUGUAUUCUGAUUAGCAUCUGAUCCUUAAUAUUGCUUUUUUAAAUGUGAAAUUACGCUUCCAAGAGCGUAUUUCUAUAAAUUCUCUGUAGAAUCUAUACUGUUUUUUCUUAUACUUUGAUGAGGUUUUUUUGUGGGGUGGCUCUUGUGUUGCCAGCUUCUCAUCAACAAUGCUCUGCCAAGGAGUUUUAAAUGUGUCCACACAAAAGAUCAUGAAUGCUGUCUAGAAGAAUUGUAUAUCGUGCUUAAUUCUGCUCAUUAAUGUAUUAGUAUGCUGUGCAUGAAUCUUGUUAAAUGCUUUGUUGCUGUUAAGUGCAAUUCCAUGAUCUUCUUGUCUGACACAUGAAUCGGGUAAAUCAGAAACAUCUUUCAGGAUGAGAUUACCUGUAACUGCUUAGCAUUACCUGUAACAUCUCAUAUGUUCUGGGUGGUUGUGGGGAGAGAGUGCAGUCUCUGAAACCGCAUGUUGUCUGAAUCUUCCUGCAGGUGGCUCCGAAUGGGUCGAGCAGCUUGUGAGGGAAAUGAUGAACGCCACAGACAUCAAUGAUGCCAGGGCUCGUGCAUCAAGCGUGCUGGAGGUCCUGGAGAAAUCGAUCAUGGCUGAGGCCACCACCAAAGCAGCACAAAGCUUUGGCGAAGUAAAGCUCAUAUGCAUUCAAACUCAACUGCGUUCGAUUCCUUCCUGUUCAUCAUCCCAUCUCUCUUGAUCCCCAAAUUCUGCCUCUAUUCUUACUAAUUUUGGUAUCUGCGUUUCCUUCUGAGACAGGAAAACAUGAUCCUGAAGGAGCAAGUUGAGGGGCUCCUCCGCGAUAACAACAUUCUGAAGAGGGCCGUGGCAAUCCAGCACGAACGCCAGAGGGAGCUGCAGAUGAAAGCCCUCCAAGGGAACCAAGAGCUCCAGCAUCUGAGGGAGCUAGUGGCACAGUACCAGCAGCAGAUACAGACGCUCGAGGUGAGUAACUCACACUCGCCAUUAGACAGACUGUCCUCCCAAAGAUCUCUUGAUAUCGGCUUUCUGAACACCUCUGCCCCUCUGCAGAUCAACAACUACAGUUUGUCAAUGCAUCUGAGGCAGGCUCAGCAGGGCAGCUCAAUGCCCGGCAGGUUCCACCCUGAUAUCUUCUGA